AUGACUAUGUCGAGGCUAAUAGUAUGCAGGAAGUGUAUUCUGAAAGGCCUCGAGGGUAUGCCGAAUUGCCAGAGAAUUGGGUAUCGACAAGCUAAUUUUCACAUCACGAGAGGGAGCUUUAAACCGCGGACGAUAUGUGAAGACGGUCCAGCUUUCACGACACGUUUGGCACUGCCUAUUGACUAUGACAACGUGGCGGACUUCAUGACAGACAUAUACUACAAAGGUGAACCAACAGUUCGAAACAUAGGCUGUGCUCCCGUAACCGCGCCGCCAGUAUGGCGCGAGAAUAUGUACGACCAAGUGAAGAUGGGUUUGUCGAUCGUAGCUGAAAAUAGAGAUCAUUGCCUGAUCGGUGCAGCUCUGAACACAGUUGUGUAUCCAUGGGAAGCAGCGGCGAUAGAGCAGUGCGCAAAAUGUGUCGACUCAGGUCCGAUCAAGGAAGUCUUGCAUUUCUUCGGCUACAUAGCCUAUCAACCGAGAAUUUUCGAACGGUUCUGCGUUUCGAGGAUGUUCGAGGUUACCAGCUUAGCAGUGGAUGAAGAUUACCGAAGCAUGGGGGUAGCCAAGAGGCUGAUAACGGAAAGUUGGUACUUGGCACGCGAUUGUGAUUACAAAUUGUUUCACAUGUGUUGCACCAAUAGACAUUGUAUGCAGAUAUGUUCAAACUUCGGAUGGCAAGAAGUAUGGAAUAUACCUUUCGAUCAAUACGUUCGGAAUGGUGAAGUGAUCUUCAAGAACGUUCAAGAACCGAACAAUAUUUGUAGAGUAUUUAUCGAUUGGUUGAAGGAUUGUAAAACAUAUUGUCAGCCGUCUAAAAAGUGUACAAAAAUAUUGCCACCGCCUCCACAGCAAUAAAUUCUCAUCGAAUUCACCUCUUCAUAAUAUUUAAUUAAUAAAAACUUUGUGACCAUUACAUUGCUGAAAA